AUGCACACUAUCUCGCCCAUCCGCCUCUCGCCACGACGUAGGCCCGUCAUCUGGCUCGUCCUCCUCGUCACCGUCGCAUUCCUCUUUUCACGCGUUGACCGCUGUAGCCAUACCAUCUCACAGUCUAUACAAUCCACAUUCCUAUCGCCUAGUACUCUGACUGUCAGCACAGAGACAACACAGCCGGGGAGUAACACGCAUGGUUUUAACUUAUUCGACAAUUUGUAUCUUAGGAAUGGGACCUUCUAUAUCGUCACGUCUACACCUUCCAGCUUUAUGCCCAGGAACCAUAUCGUAUCGCGGCCGACUCGUCGAGGGGAGGGUAUUGAUAUCCAGGCCACUGAUCAGGAGCUCCAAUUCCUCACCCCCGCCGAGGCCAAAGGCAUAUUGGGCGACAGGGCGAUAUCCAUCGCAGGGUUUUCCGUAAUAUUUCACGACCCGAGUCAAUUCAUGAGCCACUUUUAUCAUUGGUGGGGCGAACUCAUCCUUGGAACGUUCAGGGUCUACUCCACGCUACAACAGUCCCGGUAUAUCGCGCCUACGCGAUUCUUGCUCCCGAACGUCGCGGGCGACGCUUGGAGAGACGGUACAGGUUUAAAUGGACCGCUCAUGCGCGCCGCCUUUCCUUCUUCACCCAUUGAAAACGCGGACUGGUGGGCUGAUAUACUCAGGCUUGGUUCGUCGACAUUUGUUUUUGAGAGGGCGAUGUUGGUAGAUAGGGCUGCGGCGCAUAAAAGCCCGCUCUCGAGGAAUUGGCAUAAAAUGAUAUCAUCGACGAUGGAAUUAGCAGCCCCUUCGCAGUUCUGGGACCCCAUUCGCGAAACGAUCGUGGGUAACUUCGUUGGACCUGACCUUCCUCAUCCAACGAAGCCGGUCGUCACGUAUAUCACUCGACAAACUCCCAACAGACGUCGGAAGCUCUCGGAUUCGAGCCACGAGUCGCUUUUGUCAGCGUUGGGCGAGCUGCAAAAGGAGGGUGUAUGUGAGGUACAAGUGGUGGAGGAAACCGAAGGCGUGAAGUUGGUUGAGUUGGUUGCGCGCUCCACUGUUAUCAUUGGUGUUCAUGGUAGCGGCUUGACCCAUCAACUUUGGAUGCCGCCUUCCCCACUCUCGACGAUUAUUGAGAUUUUCUUCCCCAAUGCCUACUCUUUCGACCAUGAAAUGAUCGCCAGGAAUUUGGGACAUCGGCAUUACGCCGUGUGGAAUGACACGCUGCUCACUUAUCCAGAAGGACGGUAUCACCCCAAGAUCAAGUAUGCGGAACACCUCGACUUUCGUGGAUCCGAGAUGCCCGUUCACGGACCGGCGGUAGCUGCUGCUAUACGUGCGAGACUUCAAGUUGGUUCUGGUGUUGAACCUGAAUCAGUGAUGCAUUUGGAUGAGUCGCACCAAAUGGCGUUGGCGCUGGAUUCGGGACGUGAGGUAUUGUGA